CGAAAAAUCAUGACGAGUGACAGCGAGGCUUGACGAACGUUGUGUGGGAAGAGUGGCAGUUUUGUGGGACUUUCCUGCAAUUUUACCCGAUCUCAGACAACACAGCCAGCUGCUGCCUACCAAAUUUCCCUCAAAUCCACCGACUGUUUAAGAUGGCUGAAUCAGAAAUCGUGAUCAACGUCCAAGAAGUAAGCGACAGCCUACCAGCUGACGAAAACACAAACAGCAUGAAAGAGCAGAGGGACACCACUGCCAUUGGCUCAAAGUCAGUUCCUGUUCUUAGAGUUGAAAAGUUGAAGGAAGAUCUGAAUAGCAGUUUUUCCUAUACAAGUGGUGAGGAAGAUCACAGUCGUCAGGGUUCGGAUGAUCCGGAGCACAGGUCUGAAGAUGAACCUGAAUUUGUGGCUCCCACAGAUGAAUUGAAAGAAAAAAUAAUAAAUCAAGUUGAAUUUUACUUUUCUGAUGCCAACAUUCUGAAAGAUGCAUUUCUGCUGAAGCAUGUGAGACGCAAUAAAAUGGGUUAUGUCAGCAUAAAAUUGAUUACCUCAUUCAAGAAAAUGAAAAGUUUGACUAAAGAUCACCGUGUGGUUGCUUACAGUCUCAGGCAGUCAAAUGAAUUGGAGGUUAAUGAAGAGGGUAAAAAAGUCCGACGUAAAAAACCUCUGCCAGAAUAUGAUGAAACUACUCCAUCAAGAUCUGUUGUAGCCAUAAAUCUUCCAAUGGAAAAUCCUUCAAUUGAAAAUAUCGCAGAAAUGUUUUCCAAGUGUGGUGAUAUUGCGUUAAUACGUAUUAUAAAACAAGGCAAGUCUGUUCCACAAGAUGUAAAGAAACACUGCAAUAAACAUCCAGAAAUUGGGACUAGUACUUGUGCAGUAAUCGAGUUUGAAAAGCAUGAGUUUGCACAGAAAGCAAUAGAAAAAAUGACUGAUAAAGAAGAUUGGAAACGUGGUAUGAGAGUUGUCAGACUUGCUGAAACAAAAAAGAAAAAUGACAAAUCAGGAGACAGAAAUGGUGAAUCUCAUGAAGGCAGUGGUGAUGAUGAUAAAAAGAAGAAAAAGAGAGGAGGCAAAAAGCACACUAAGAACAAACAUCUAGAUGAUGCUUGUUACAGCAGUGGUUCAGACUAUGAUCCUCCUAAUCAUACUUCCUUAAGCCCUAAUAAUUUCGAUGGCAGCAAGUUAAGUCCGAAUGCAAGUCCUAGAACUAGUCCACGCUCUAGUCCCAUGACAAGCCCAAGGAGUCAACGGAGGCGUUUGGGACCCCAUGGAAAAUCACCUCUUGCAGAACACAGCCCUGGUGGCAGUCCGAAACCAAGUCCAAGAAGCAGUCCAGAAACCAGCAGAAAGCGUUAUGAGAACUCUUCUGGUGGCGAUAGUACACCAUCUAGUCCUUGGGUUCAGAGACGUUUAAAAGCAGCUCAGGAGAUGAAUAAAAGUCCACUUGCAAUGAGUCCAGCUGGAAGCCCCUUGCUGGGGCGACGUGCUAAAGAUGGUGCACACCGGCUUGCAGAUCUUGGCUGUGUCAUAAGACAACCUAAAGGCCCAGAUGGCACGAAAGGAUUCCACCUUGGAAGAGGCAAACCACGGGCUAGCACUAUUUCUUAGACUAUAUGGAUUCUUUUUGUGUUUGAUACUAAAAACUGAUGUUUAAUGUGUAUAAGGGAUUUAAGCUAGUUUGUUAAAUUACUGUUUAUCUUCUGGUUUUAUGUCUGAAUAACAAUACAUAGCAAGGCCUAACAAAAAAUUGUUUCUAGAAAAGCCAAUCUCCAUCUUCUAAACGCCGCUGAUGUUAGGUUUUUGUUUCAUUUUUUGAUUUCUAAAAUAAAUUUUGCAGCCAGACAUUGAUUUGUAUUCGAGACGACAUUUUUCUUCCAAGUAGUGAUCAUAUACCGACAUACACCCAUUCAAAGUUCUGUCCACAAAUUCUAGAGUGUUGUGUAUUUAUUUACUAUUCAAGUCUGGUGGCUGAACUAAUCUUGACUUGGCCCAACCUACCCUACUACAUGUAUCAAGCAUUUUUUGUCAGGUCUUACUUAAUGUUACUUUUAUUGAAAUUGACAAAUUGUGUACAGACUAUUUAGAAAGUCAUUCUGAAAGGUCGUAAUUUUUGCUUUCACUGUAAAAAUGUUGUCAUUUGGGUUUGUUUAUACUUUUGUUUAUAUUAAGAUAUAUUCAUGUUAUAAAUGAUUAGCAUAUCAUAAGUUGAUUGAAAGAUUGGUGCAUAUCCUUUCUGUUAGUUUCCAAAGAUUUCAAAUUAUUUUGCAAUUAAUUUGAAAUUCAUUUUAUGUUCUGUUUUGUAAUAUUUGUAGCAAUGUAAACAUAAUUACUGAGACACAUAAGCACAUGUAGUCAAUUAACUGAUAUUAUAUUUAUUUUUGAUAGAAUAUUUGAUAACUUUCCAUUUAUGAUAGAUUUAAGAUUGAUAUAUUCACAUGAUGCUAAGACCACUAACACAUCAAAGUUGAUCAUUUGUAUUGCCCUUCUUCAGUGCUACUAACUUCAUCAAAGACUGAACAGGUACAUACAUCAAACAACAAGUUAUGUGGUUGUUUGGUGUGGGGAGAACAUGACUGUGUUUGAUGGCCAGCUUAUUCCGGAGUGUCCUUAUUUCAGCUUUAAAUGAAUACAAAUUUUGUUACCCAAAAUGUCUAAAAUGAUUAGCAACUAUUGUCUUGAUGCCGAAUUAUGGCUAUUUUUCUAAGACUGCAAUAUCGAUCAACUUAAAUAUGGCUAUAGUUUUAUCCUCAUUUCAAUGGGCCAUAGGGACCUUUAACAAAACAUGCAGAGUGAAAGUGACAAUUUUCCAAGUGCUUUUUAUUGAUAUGUUUUCUCUAGUCAACAAUAUAAUGGAACAGGAUUGUCCUCAUAAUAAUUAUGAACUUUUCAGCAUUAUAGAAACACUUCCAGAUUUAUUUUAUGCGAGACAAGUUUGAAAAUGAUUUUUUUCCCUGUUCAUAUUUUAUAUUUUAUUUUGUACAUGCUCCACAAAUUAUUUUUAACUGUUUUUUUACUGCUAAAUAAAUGACUGACUAGGAAGGAAAUGUGCUAGACACAGGGUAAAUAUAAAAAAUAAAUCAAAAAUUCAUUCAAAAAAUGCUACAUUUUUUCCUGUUUAAGUGAAUUAUAAAUCAUAUGAUUGUUGUAGUUUUUUCAUUGAAUUUUCCUGUUGUGGUUAAUUAGGUCAUUAUGUUUGUGUGUGUAGUUUCAAGUGUUCAGGGUGUUAGUUUUGACCACUUUUCAACAUUCCAAAAUGACGUACAAUACAGAUAAAAUAAUGAAGAAUAAUGACAGAUAAUAGUAAUAGAAAAGCCUCAAUGUUCUGCAUGCAUACUUGUUUGCUUCAUGACGUAGUAACAAUUACUGUGCUCAAUGCUAUUUGUUGAAAUUCAAGCUAUGUAGAAUUGGCAUUGUUGAACCUCAAUGGCAUCAUCAGUUUUUAAUAUACUGUUUGUAAAUGUGCUAGGAAUUGUUUAAUGUCAAUGUAACGUCUUGCCUGUUUGAAUUGUUAUUUACCAUGUUCAUUAAAGUAUAGGUAUAUCAUAUAAAAGCUGUCAUAUGGCAUAUGUUGGUUAACACUGAUUUUUGCUGUUUGAUGUUUUUAAAAUGUACAUACAGCGUAAAAUUCAGUGUACAUAAUUUGUGAGCAGAUUUGAGCUGUAUAUUUUCUGUAUUGAAUAUACCAUAGUAUAAUACAAUGUAGCUUUGCUUUGUUUGAUGACUGUCUGUCUAAUCGUUGCAACUUUUGAAAUAUCUCCUCAAAUUCUGGUUCAGUAAUUUGCAUAGAGAGAUUGAAUAAGUUUCACUACAGGGAUGUAGGGUACACUGUAGGGCUCUUUGAAGAAUGCAAGGUGCAAAACUUAAUGACAGUGUGCUAAAUAUGCACUUGGACCUAAGUUAAUACGUUUUUAAAAAACAAAAACAUUUCAAACAUAUUAAGUCUUCAACUCUCUAAAAACUAAUGUUUCAGUAUGUCCAUUACCGAAGCCUGCUAUCACAUAAUAGAUAUAGUUUAGGAUCAGAUAUUCAAAGUUUGUCCAUGUUAUUCUUCAUUCCUUUUGCUACAAAAUGCCUUAUUGUUUUGCCUAAUAAAUAUGUGUUGAUUGAUACAUUACUGUUGUAAGGUAAUUUGCUUUGCUCAGAUUUAAUUAUGUAUGUAUGAUAAGUUUACAGCCACCAGAUUUUCCCACAUGAAUUUGCUACGUAUUAUAUAUUUUGAAUCAUUAUUUGAGGGGAAAACAUUUCAGUGAGUACAGAGUGUGCUUCAUGAAAAGCUGUCUGAUUUUGACCUGUGAAAAUUGGCAUUAGCCUUUGUAAUACCAAUUUGUUGCUACUGUAUGUAUGCUAAUAUUGAAGAUGCCCAUACACUGCCUGAUACCGUUAUUAUUGCGCAAUACUUCACUAAAGUAAAUUAUUUUGUGUUUCGUUAUUACAUUACAUUAUCAUUUUGAAGCAGCUUAAUUCUAUCCAUAGAUGUAGGAGAAACUCUCAAUGCUUAUGUAUAUACUAGCAGAAUACUUAAUGAUAUUGUGAUAACAAAUGACAAGCUUGACUAGUUUAUUUUUAAGAGAAAACAUGAGUUAAAAAUUGUGAUAGCUUUGAAGUCCUUGUGGUGGCUUGCAUAAAUUUGAACCUUCGUCAUAACUCAAAAACCAUUCAAGAUAUUUACAAGAAUCUUGGUACACCUAUUGCGAGAAACAAUGGACACAUGUGUAGCAAGGCCCAUAACUCUAACUUGAGGCAUGCGCCGUUUCAACAGGGGAAAAUUAACAGCUGAGCAUUAUCAUCAGGCUGCCAUGUUCUUGUUAUUAUAAUAUUACGUGUGAUAUUGAUGUUUUGUCUAUGUACAUACUGUUGAAUGCAUAAAUAAUAUUGCCCAAAUGUAAUUGUGAUAGCUAGUGAGAUUGUAAUUAUUAUUAUGGGUUCUUGAGUAAGUUCACACAGUAUAAAUGUUUUUAUGUAUUGUGCUAGAAUGGUGAUGUUUCAAUUUAUAGCAAUGUUAGUAAGCAAUAUUGUGAUGUGCUCUGUCUUCGGAAGAGUGUAUCAAGUCAUGAAUCAAAGAUGGUCAAUAAUGAGUAGAAGACCUUCUGGUCACAAUAAAUGAAUGCUUUGUUUGGCAUUUCCCACCCAAAUCACAAAACUACCAGUGACCAAAAAAGUGUUUAACUUUUCUGGUGAUGAUAUUUUCUAUCAUCAACAACAACAACACCAUGAAACGUGUAAAAUGUUGGUAGGGACACACCAAACAAACUAAUUAUGUAUUUUGACCUUGUUUAACAUGUUUAACAAACUUUUAUUCUUAAUUCUAGGGUUAUUUUUAAGCACACGCUUUGUUCAUUUUUUACCUUUAGUUUCUGUCUUCAGGACAUCUUGUCAGAUUUCUCUAAUAUGUAGGAUUAAACUUUUACAAUGAGAGUCUGUUAAGUUUUCUUGUGCAAACUCGUCUGUUAUAAAGGUUUGUGAAUGUAGAGUCUUAAAUGUUAUUUGUUUUUAAAAUACAUAAUUGUAAAGAAGACCAAAAUAAAGACUAAAUUAAUGUUAAGUGUGAAUUUUCAAUAUAUAGCCUCUUUGCAUUCAAGACCGCUUGAGAACUCGCUUAUCAAAACCAAUUUAUAGCUAAAUGGAACUUUGGCCGAUUUUGUUUAGAGUAUUCUUAAUGAUUAAAUCCGAAUCCAAUGGGCGACCCCAUUGAUGAAGACAUAACACUUUGUUUAUUGUUGUAGUUUCAUUUUCACAUGUACUAGUAUUUUUGUGCUCACUCUGUGUUUUGAUUAUUUAAGUUGAAAAGAAUAUGUUCUGAUAUAGGUAACAUUUUUGUAUGAUUGUAAAACAAUCUGGUGUUUGUUCUCAGAAAUCACUUGUAAUUGGCUAAAGUCUCACUACAAGAUAUUGUAUACACCUUAUUUUAAGUUUAAAAUCAAGUGUGAUAUUGUAAGUAGUUAUAAUUGAAGUGUAUUUGUUCUUUUUUCAUUCCUUUUUAGGUAUUUUGUAACAUUAUAUAUAAUUAAUUACCGGGUAUUUAAUUAAUUAAAUGAUUAACAUCUAGCCUAAUUGGAAAACUGGUUUGCAUUUAUUACUUGACAUUGUAAAAUAUGAUGGCUCUAAUUUUAAUAAGUUAAGUAAUUUUAAAUUAAUAAUACAUUUUACUAUAUUGAUUGGUAAAUAUUAUAUAUUUUGUACUGAUUUUUUUUGCGAAUGAAUUUUUGUACUUAAAUGGCAUUGUUGAAACUUAUAGUAGUACAUUAUAGUUUUACUUGAUUUUAUGUAGGCAUUAUCUUAACAUAAUGUCAAUUGUAAGCACUAAGCACAAAAAAGAACGAAUUUAUUUGCCAUAUUUUAUAGGGAUUAAUAAAGUUCAGAGUAUUAAUGUAGCAUGUCCUAUGGUGCUAAUAUAACUGAAAGUGCAGUAUGUGUAUGAUUUUGUCAAUUUAUGUGGUAUUUUAUUUUCAAGGAAACAAAUUUGAACUAAAAUACUGGCGUAUGAUUUUUGUUUUAAAUGAAAAUAAAAUGUGGUUUACCAUUGAUGAUGAAUUA